GUCAAAGAAGAGCCCGAGCAGUACCAGCUGGUGCCGGAGGAGGUUGCAAAAGCCACAGGUGGUUCGAUACAACAUGACUGAGACAGCGUCGUCGGCGAUCCGCAAGUCGGGACGCACCCGGCGCAGAAUCGACUACGCCGCUUUGAAUGAAUCGCACAAAAUACAGGAGCUGAACAAACACCCGCAUAUAGAGCAGUUUGAAAAGUUCAGCAAGGAGCAGCAGACACCGCUGAAAGAGCUGGUGUGCUUGGUCGGGGGAGUGGAGGAGGAGGAAGGCGAGGCGAGGAGCCACUACGACGAAAACGGCGAGUUCACGGACGCACAGCUGCAGAAGCUGGUGAACGACACGAAACUGCUGAAACCGAUCCUCAUCCGAGGCGCCAACCCAAGGGUGCCGGCCACGUACAACGCGAGGAUGAAAGUGACGUUUGAGAUCCCUCAGUACGGCAUCGAGGAGGUGACGGCGAAGGUCGGGCCCGAGCGGAAGGUGCCUGUGAUGGACGUGAUGACGCAGAACAACUCUCCGCGGUGGGAUAUGAAGCGCUGGUGUGAGUACUUCCUGCUGGACGGGCCUGCCCGGGACAAGAUCCGGAACGUGAUCAGCCUGGAGAUCAGCGACACCGAGCUGGGCGGCGAGAUCACGGUGCCGAAGGUGGUCACAGACAUGGACCUUGUGCUGAAGCUCUUUGAGAACGACCCGGCGCUGGCGGACCUGCUCGAGUCCAACGGCGUGUUCCCGCCGAAGGUGCGCAAGUACAUCCUCAUGUCGGUUGCCGGGUCGUACACAGACUUCCACAUCGACUUUGCCGGCACGUCCGUGUACUACUCGCCGCUCUCGGGCCACAAGCAGUUCAUCCUGAUCCCGCCCGUCCACCGAAACUUGGAGGCAUACAAGAAGUGGUGUCUCUCGGACGAGCAGAACAACGUGUGGUUCCCCUCGCUGCUCAAACCGCUGACCGGGCGGGACAAGGACCGCAUGCACGCGUCGGGCGUGCCUGACGCGUACCUCAACAACGGCUUUGUCGUCGACAUCCUUCCCGGCGAUCUCCUUCUUCUCCCGAGCAUGUGGAUCCACGCCGUUUACACGAAGCAGGACAGCAUCAUCAUUGGCGGCAACUUCCUCAACCUUCUCAGCCUCGAGAGCCAUCUCCAGACAUACAAGAUCGAGGUCGCCACGCGGGUCAACGACCAGUUCAAGUUCCCGAACUUCGUCAAAUUCGUGUGGCUCAUCGCCUACUACCUCAUGAGCAGCAGCAGCAGCGACCUGCCUCCGGACGCCUUCCAGCGGCGUUGCUUCCAGAACCUCGUCCAGUUUUUGAAGGAGCAGUGGGCGUACGUCAGCUCACCCAAGCGGGAGCAGCGGGAGAAGACCGCCGUGGCGAAGAUCAAGAAUGCCAUCCCGAACAAAAUCAUCGGCGACGUCGCUCCUUUUCUCCGCCGUCUAGACGUCUGGCUAGCCAGCCUUGGGGAAACAGAGGAGCCAGCCCCCGCCGUCAAACGAAGACGGCUACAGUAGUCCAUCCCAGCAUUAAUAGACGUGUAUAUUAUGAAUUCAUGAGCCUGCUUACGUAAUUGCGCUGCUUUGUCCCCUUUCUCCUACGUCGCCGUCUCUCGCACUG